CCGCCCGCCCCGCCGCCCGGGCGGCCGCGGCCAUGGCGCUCCCCCAGCGGCCCGACGCGCCCGAGCUGCCCGACUUCUCCCUGCUCAAGAGGCUGGCCCGGGACCAGCUCAUCUACCUGCUGGAGCAGCUUCCUGGGAAAAAGGACUUGUUCAUUGAGGCAGAUCUCAUGAGCCCUCUGGAUCGAAUUGCCAACGUUUCCAUCCUGAAGCAACACGAAGUGGACAAGCUGUACAAGGUGGAGAACAAGCCGGCCCUCAGCUCCAGUGAACAACUGUGCUUCUUGGUCCGGCCGCGCAUCCGGAACAUGCGGUACAUUGCCAGUCUCAUCAAUGCCGACAAGUUGGCGGGCCGAACUCGGAAGUACAAAGUGAUCUUCAGCCCGCAGAAGUUUUACGCCUGUGAGAUGGUCUUGGAGGAGGAGGGUGUCUACGGAGAUGUAAGCUGUGAUGAGUGGGCCUUCUCCCUGCUGCCUCUUGAUGUGGACCUGCUGAGCAUGGAACUCCCAGAGUUUUUCAGGGACUACUUCCUGGAAGGAGACCAGCGCUGGAUCAACACGGUGGCCCAGGCCCUGCACCUGCUCAGCACGCUCUAUGGGCCCUUCUCCAACUGCUACGGGAUAGGCAGGUGUGCCAAGAUGUCACGUGAUCUGUGGAGGAACCUGGAAGAGGAGGAGGAUGGCGAAACCAAGGGCCGAAGGCCGGAAAUCGGACACGUGUUUCUCCUGGACAGAGACAUGGACUUUGUGACGGCACUUUGCUCCCAGGUGGUCUACGAGGGCCUGGUGGAUGACACCUUCCGCAUCAAGUGUGGGAGUGUGGACUUUGGCCCAGAGGUCACCUCCUCUGACAAGAGCCUGAAGGUGCUGCUCAACGCCGAGGACAAGGUGUUCGGUGAGAUCCGGAACGAGCACUUCUCCAAUGUCUUCGGCUUCUUGAGCCAGAAGGCCCGGAACCUGCAGGCCCAGUAUGACCGCCGCAGGGGCAUGGACAUCAAGCAGAUGAAGAACUUCGUGUCCCAGGAGCUCAAGGGCCUGAAGCAGGAGCACCGUCUGCUGAGUCUCCAUAUUGGGGCCUGUGAAUCCAUCAUGAAAAGGAAAACCAAGCAGGACUUCCAGGAGCUCAUCAAGACGGAGCACGCGCUGCUGGAGGGCUUCAACAUCCGGGAGAGCACCAGCUACAUAGAAGAGCACAUCGACCGGCAGGUGUCGCCCAUAGAAAGCCUUCGCCUCAUGUGCCUCUUGUCCAUCACUGAGAACGGUUUGAUCCCCAAGGACUACCGGUCUCUGAAAACACAGUAUCUGCAGAGCUAUGGCCCAGAGCACCUGCUGACCUUCUCCAACCUGCGGCGAGCUGGGCUCCUGACAGAGCAGGCCCCAGGGGACACCCUCACCGCCAUGGAGAGUAAAGUGAGCAAGCUGGUGACGGACAAGGCGGCAGGAAAGAUUACUGAUGCCUUCAGUUCUCUGGCCAAAAGGAGCAAUUUUCGUGCCAUCAGCAAGAAGCUGAACUUGAUCCCGCGUGUGGAUGGCGAGUACGACCUCAAAGUGCCGCGGGACAUGGCCUACGUCUUCAGCGGCGCUUACGUGCCCCUCAGCUGCCGCGUCAUCGAGCAGGUGCUGGAGCGGCGGGGCUGGCAGGGCCUGGACGAGGUGGUGCGGCUGCUCAACUGCAGUGAGCUGGUCUUCACAGAUCUCCUGAGCAAGGAAGACAGGGCUUCCAGUGAGUCGCUGCGCCUCAUCUUGGUGGUGUUCCUGGGGGGCUGCACAUUCUCAGAGGUCUCGGCCCUCCGCUUCCUUGGCCGAGAGAAAGGGUACAGGUUCAUCUUUCUGACGACAGCGGUCACCAACAGUGCUCGCCUCAUGGAGGCAAUGAGUGAGGUGAAGGCCUGAUGUUCUGCGGGCACUGGAGGCUGCCCUGGAAGUGCUCUCCAGGGACACAGAGCUCGGCUCCCCGCUGCUCACGGGCCGACCCGCUGCGAGUGGGACCACAGAACUCUUCCGGGGUUUUGAGAACUUUCUUUUAACUCAAGAAGCAUGGCCCAUGCUGACUGGGUGCAAGGGGGGUCCACUAAACCCUGUCUGCAUGGCGCUGUCAAUAAAGCCGCCCUCUUAGACGUUCAGUAUUUCCCUGCGGACACGCAUCUGUCUUUGUUGGGGGGCGCGGGGGCGUUCCGUGGGGUUCUGUGCCCCGUACCCGGACUCUGCUCUGCUGCUUCCGUGAAGGUCGGGCCUCAGCGCCUCACACCGGCUCCCUGACCACCCAACCGGGGCGGAUCGAUGAGCUGAUCAGUGAACACCCUUUAAUUACAAAGUUCUGCGGUUCAUCACACGUCAGAAAAAAUACGCCGCUGUUGUAAGGAGACGCUUUACAUCUGCGCCUGUUUCUCGCCGCAAGGGAAAGUGUUGCUGUGGCCACGGCGCGCCUGGCCCGCCCAGGGCCCUCCCUUCCGAGCCCCAUUGGCCUUUCUCUUUACCACCACCAGGAAGUGUGACCCUUCUGACCCCGUCUCGGAGACCGCCUGGGCCUCCUGACGCUUCGCAUCUGCUCCUGCGACACCCCCUUUGUUGUCCUCCUUGGUGGCGGCUCUGACUCCUUGACCCACCCCUCCCUUCCCAGUUGGUUGGCACCUCCCCUCUCUGUCCCUGGUGUCAUCCACUUCUGGGUCGCACUGGUUCAUUUCCAACCUGUCUGUUCGGCGGGCACUUCUCACUGAGCCUGUGCAGGACGGUGCCCACGCGGCCCUCUGUCUCUCGCUGGAGCCCUGUUCCCUUCCUGUGUCCCCUGAUCUGACGUUGUCUUGUCUCCUACCCAUGUUGUCUGUGCAGGAAAGUAUAUCCUCGACCUCAGAUGUGUCCUCUUCAUCCCCCAGUUCAGCUGGUCCCACUGUGACGGGGCAGCCCCGAUACAAAACGGGGGGCCUGACUGUGGGUCCUCACCCACACACGCUUAAAAGGACUUAUCCAUGCUCCGCUGCAGGCGCACGCGAAAGGUUCAUAAAAGGUUUAUUCACCAGGGAAGGGGAAAUGAGGAAAUGCACAACUCGGGGAGAGAAGAGGGAGAUGAAGUCUUACAUGCGUCCUGCCCGAUCCGUCGAC